AUGGAGAAUGGUUCAUGGAGAGAGAUCGGCUUCAAGGAAUUCGUGGAGCUUUGUGACAUGAGGUUGCACUCUGAGAAGUUGUACUUGAGAGCCUUCUUCCGGGAUCGCUUCCGGGGUGCCAGCAGCAACUGCAUCCAGCCACACUUGCGUGAUGUGGCUGAAGCCUUGCAGGGAGUCAAGGUGCAUGUCCGCCCCGAACAAGUGGAACGGAUUGCCAUGGACUUGGGUUAUGCCGUUUGGGCGGAAUUUGUGACUUUGGUGCAUGAGACGGACCUCUUCGUCCUAGCCCAGCGAUGCCGGAUGCUGGAGAAGCAGCGUGCAUGGGAAAGAGCUGGCUUUACCUUGCAGGAGGUCUCACGGUUUCAGCAACUCUUUGACCACUUUUUGGGCAGCGCCGGUCGAGGCCUGCGUGCAGAGGAGUUGCUAUACAUCGUCCACCAACUGGGGAUGACCUCGCGCAGCCGUUCCGACGAGGCAGACAUGACCGCAACGGCCUACAAUGGGAAGGACCUAUCUGAAACCAUGUCCUUGGAGGAGUGUUUGCAUUCUGCCAGGAGGUUCCUGGACAAGAAGGAGAUGGAUGCCCGUUCCAAGGAGUUGAGGUCAGCUGUUGCCACUGGGAUUCCCGAGGACGAGCUGGAUUACUUCCGGGCCUUCUACAAGCAACUCAUUGCAGAGGAUUCACAAGGCAAUCAGCGGGAUUUCACUUACUUUGCUCUUUGCCGCGGCGUGCAAAUCAUGGGUGCGACCCUAACGGUGGAGAGGAAUGCGGAGCUUGAACAGAUGUUCAAGGAGCAUGCCGUUUAUUCGGGCUUGUCGUCGCAGAUGCUGCACUUACCUUUCCCGAAGUUCAUCAUGAUGAUUGGCACGCUUUUCAAGUUGGACUUCGCCAAUGUGAGGACGCAUUCCACCCGCAAAGAGGAGGACGUCCAGCUUCGCCGGGCCUCUGCCGGCAAGAUCAAGACCGUGAGCUCCGUGACCAUGGGCAAAUACUUGAUGCGUGCACGCCAUGGCGCCCGAUGACGUCGUGGCACCGGUGCCCGGUGGAUCGUCGUGACCGAGGAAAGCGCCCUGAAGGGGCGCUAGGACCGGUAGGAGCGGGAAGCCGCAGAUCAUGGAUGACGCCAGUUCGCAGUCGGCGGGUGUACAGUGUUCUCGUGAUCUCAAGAACCGCGGACGACUAGGAACUCACUGACCGAGAAAUCCCAAAUUGGGUGCCACCAAUCAGACACACUGACUGUAACGGAUUCGUAGGCGUUUUCCCACGUCUUGGCGUCCGGCGCAGGGCGAACCCAUUUUUUCGUCGCCCGAACCGACCCGAACAACACCUCACGCCGGGACCCACCCGGGUCGCCCAAGGCGUCCCCGGGGGGAACCGAGUUGGUGCGAACGAAGGGGGGCCGAAAA